AUGACGGACACUAUUUACACGUCGUCCUACCCGUCUGUCCCUAUUUGUCGUCGUUCUAUCUUCACUCACCUCCUUGGUGUCUCUUCGUCUUCCCCAGGCACAGUCGGUGGUUUCCCCGCUUCAUCACCUGCAUUCAUAGAUGCUCUUUCCGGUACAACAAUCUCUCGUGGAACAUUUCGCUCAUAUGCUCUUCAGUUAGCAUUCUCUCUUCACAAUCUUCCAUCACCGCUAGAGAACCGCACCAAGACAGUGCUCAUUUUCUCUCCCAAUUCAAUCACGUGGCCCAUCAUGACAUUUGGCGCAGUGGCCGCUGGCUUCCGCGCGACGCUUGCAAACAGCGCAUAUACGCCAGAUGAACUAAAGUAUCAAUACGUUGAUGCAGGAGCUCAUCUUGUAUUCGCCCACCCUUCGCUGGUUGGGACAGCCCGGACUAUGCUAAGGUCCCUUGGAUGCUCCGAGCAGGAAAUACGUAGCCGUGUCAUCGUAGCUGGGGUUCAGUGGAUCACAGGUGCCAAAGAUGUAUCUGUUCCGGGUCUGAAAGACCUUGUGGCUAUAACUCAACUACUUGGUCGUGGCGAGCUCACGGAAGAAGUCAGCUUCGAUGGCGAACGGUCAAACGAAACUGUAUAUCUCUGCUACUCCUCUGGCACAACAGGUCAACCAAAGGGUGUCGAGACCACACAUUACAAUCUCAUCUCUGUCCUCGAGAUACUCAAACCUGUCUGGCCCGAUUCUAAGCCAUGCCUUACCCCGUCCAUCCCUGCACAAGGCGGUGUAGAUGUGCUCUUUGGGUGCCUGCCCUAUUAUCACAUCUAUGGCGGAGUCAAACUUCUCCAUUUGCCGUUAUUCUUAGGUGUACCUGGGGUUGUCAUGGCAGGCUUCGACCCCGAUGGCUUCUGUGCCGCUAUCGCAAGAUAUCGCGUGACAGUCGGCUUUGUUGUCCCUCCGAUGCUAGUAGUAUUUGCGAGACACCCAGCUAUUCAGAAACAUGACCUCACCUCCCUCAAGAUUCUCUUCUCAGGUGCCGCACCCCUCGGUGCCGAGCUUGUCUCGACCGUGAUGAAGCGUAUGAAAAGCAUGCGCGCAGAUGUAAAUAUUCUACAAGGCUAUGGCCUCACAGAAACUUCACCGACGGUAUUCCUCCUCCCUGUUCCCGACGCCAGCAGUCACAUUGGGGCAGCAGGAGUACUGCUUCCAAACUUGGAGGUCAGACUUGUUGGCGAAGCUGAAGGCGAAGCACACACAGAUAUCCCAGGCGCUGGUGAGGUAUGGGUGAGAGGGCCGACGAUCAUGAAGGGAUACCUAAACAACCCCACUGCAACUACUGAAGCUAUUACGCCUGAUGGGUGGUUCAAGACUGGUGAUAUCGGCGUGCGGGACAAAGAUGGAUUCUACACAAUUGUAGACCGGAAAAAGGAAUUGAUCAAAUAUAAGGCGAGGCUUCCAAGUGCGACCACCCAACUGAUAGCUAAUGUGUCAGUUCCUCCCGCUGAGCUCGAGUCAGUGCUGUUACAGCACGCCGAGGUCGCAGACGCAGCCGUAAUUGGGAUUGAGAGUAAGGAGGAAGCAACGGAAUUACCUCGCGCAUAUAUAACGCCUUCUCGCCCGCUUUCCUCCCAGGAAGCGUCUUCAUUCGCACUAGGUGUCCAAAACUGGGUUUCACAGCGUGUGGCGCCACACAAACGGCUAAGAGGAGGAGUUGUCAUCAUCGACAAGGUUCCGAAGAGUGCUGCCGGAAAGAUCCUUCGUCGUGAACUUCGCGAGCGCGCGAAGACGGAUGUUGCGGUGGGACAAUUGAAACCUCGCGCAAAGCUCUAA